AUGGCGCCAAACGGCACGACCGGCCGCAAGGGUGAGCAACUGCUCCGAAGCCAUCGUUCCAGCGUGGACUGCCUGAUCUAACAUAUGAUACCCUCCCAGCACCGGACGCGCGACUCGGAGGCAACGACGUGUCUCUAGAAACCCUGUUUGACGAUUUGGAAAGCGAUGCGACGGAGGUCAAGAUUGAGGCCAAAAAGCGGCUGCCCCAGGUGAAGAAUCCGGGAAAUUGGAACUCUGAAGUCACAGGAGGUAUGGCACAAGUAUCAUCAUUCAGAUUUAGAAGCAGAGCAUCAUUCCUGACUCUCUCUCAGUCAGUAGGUCGAAAGACACCACCGCGCGACCAACGCCAUCGAUCAGCCGGGUCCCUUCGCCUGUAACGAAAGCCUUCCCGAAUGGCAAACCUAUGGCCGACAAACCCGAUGUGCUCAAAUGUAAUCACUGUAAACGCGCCGUAUCGAAGCAUGCAAUGGUCAAGCACGUCGAAACCUGUCUCAACAAGAAGCAAGAAAAGCAACGUAAGAAGAAGGAAGCCAAAGAUGCUCGUGAUGCUGCAGCGCGCAAGGGGAAAGGAGGAGACAGCGAAGAGGAAGAGGAGGAUGGUGCCAAGAAGACGGCAACGAAGACGGGUGGUCUGACGGCGAGCAAAAAGCGCAAGGCAGCGGACGAGGGCGAGGAAGGCGCCCCCACCAAGAAGAAGAAAAAGAAGGACGAACCGAAGGCCAAAGCGCCGCGACCGAAAGCGCCUGUCGAUGUUGAGAAGCAGUGUGGUGUAGAGCUCCCACAGGGCGGCCAGUGCGCGAGGAGCUUGACGUGCAAGAGCCAUAGUAUGGGGGCCAAGAGAGCAGUACCGGGACGGAGUGCGCCGUACGACAAACUGCUCAUGGAAUAUCAACGCAAGAAUCAGGCGAAACUGCAGAAGGCCGCUUUCGAUGCCAACGCACCGAAUCCCGACGACGACAACUUACCGACUGGACCCGUGGACAGCGAAGAAGAGAAGGACUCGGUCAUGUCCGCGAUUGCACGCAACUGGGGCGGGAAACCCAUCUACCAAGCCAUGCACGUCCCUCUGCGGAAGAAAUACGAACUGAACCGGAUGAAAGGCAUCAUGCAAUCUACAUUUACAGGCCGCAGCGGUGUGAGCAUUUUUGGAGGCGGUGGCGGCGGUGGUGGUGGCGGAGGUGGUGGGUUCUUUGCCUCGCUGAAUCCCGCGCCUGCUCCGGGUACCACCGUCGACAACGAAGGAAUGGUACAUGCGCGACGAGGCAGCGUCGUGCCAGGAGCCCGAAGCAUGAUGGCGCCGAGUCGCAAGCCGAGCAUACCCUCUGGCGCUUAG